GCAGUUGUUGAAGGAUCUGGUCCACGACGCGGAGAUGGGAAAGGAGUCUUGAGUGUUGGAAUGGCGCCAUUCGAACAGAACGUUGAUGCCAUGGAAAGAUCUGCUCCGCAUGCAUCACAGAUGGAAGGGGCCUCUGCAACGAGAUGGCCAGGCCCGCCGCCUGUCGCGAUGACCCGCACUAACAACCAGCCUCCAGCCUCCAGUGCAGCGUGCAGGCGAAAAAAAUCCAUCCCCCCUCGCCGAUCGAACGAAUUCCUCGGACGCAUCUGACAACGAAUGUCCGGGCUACAUAGAGCGCUCCAAGUGUUUGCAGGCUGAUCAAAGCUGGACCGCUGCGUUUCCCCGAGAGGCCAACACUUCCAUCCUCCAUGACAGGACAGGUAUUUUCUCGACUAUUUUACUCCGCGGGCAGACCCGCAUUUCCUUCGGGAAGAGAGCCGCCCCUCUUCGGCAGCAGCUCGGAUCAGUCGCGAGAUUUGGCGUGCCCCGGCCCCAGUGAGACCGGGCUGGCUUCUAAUCUGGCACCCCGCAGUGUGUCACCCCCCAGUCCUGGGGAGAAACGAGCGGACGGGCGCUUCUGGGGACACUUUACUUGCUCGCAACGCAUCUACUCGCCUGCUUCGUCUGCUUGCUUGGGCGUCUACCUGGACAGGGUGAGCCGCAAAAACGUUCCUAAAGCCCAGCUCGGACGGCCUCGCCCCGCCCCGUGACCUGCGGAAGAGAAGAUCCGUAUUUUGAUACCCCCGCCUGGGGCCGUGUGGUGGGGAGCGGAAGCCGCAGGUCCCUUGCAGCGAAUCCCGCUGGGGGCGUGGAGACCGUGAGGCCGUAGACUCUCCCUCUCUCUCUCUCUCUCUCUCUGAGUACGCGUACAAGGCAGUAUUUCGGUGUAUUUGGAAAAUUCGGCGAGGUCGAUGUCGACUGUGCAUUCGACGAUUAGGCAGUCUUAGUGGGCGCUGCCAAUUAUUGUCCUUGUCGUCUUUUGAUUGGAAGAUCUGACCACUUUACUAUCACGCACGAGGAGGACGUACCUGUCAGCGAUUUCAAAGAAGAUCUUUCCAGUCGCUCCCUCCGUUUCGCUUGCUGCGUUCCGAGUUUUUUCACCGGAGCUGGAGCUGUGUUCUUCCUUCGGAUCGGAUCAGCUGGUCGUGCGUCCUCUCUCCUCGUGCGGGUGAAUUGGGACCGAGACCUUCCGGUUUUCGAAUUUUCACCUUGUGACUCGGUUCUUACGGGAAGCCAGUGUCCUAAAUCAGGCAGCCCGAGAAGCCAUAAAUUCUCGUUUUCCUUGGCAAUUGGGAAGCAUCAAGCGGUUUGCGGACUUGCGCGCUCGGACUCGGGACACUGAUUUGCUCACUCGCUUCUGCUCUGCAUCUGUGGAAGGUCGCUCUGCACGAGCUACCUGCCCCCCGCACAGGAGACCGAUCUAUAAGAGAUAGAUUGUUCGAACACUCGAGCCACUUGUUCGCCGAUCGUGAAAAGCCUUGCGAGAGUUCUCUCUUUCUCGAGCUCCUGAUCGUUCACAGACUACCGUGAAAAUGGCGGCCGAGGAGCACUAUGGUCACCACCACCUGCACCGCCACGAACACCGCUCGAAUUUGCACAUGACGCACAACAAUCCUGGCGGUUACAAUCCUGCCCACCCAACCGGUGAACUGGUUUCUGUGUUCUCGGAAGCGAACCCUAACUAUCGACUGGCAGUGAAGCCCGACGGAGUCGUUCUGGCGUUCAAGAACAGGCACGAUCCGCAGCAGCAAUGGAUCAAAGUGGAUAUGAGGGACAAAUUCACCGACCAGCAAGGAUGCCCUGGAUUUAUCCUGAUAAACAAAGCCACGGGAAUGGCUCUGAAGCAUGGCACCGAGCUUGGUGAUCCUGUGACAGCUGAACUGUGGCGCCCCAAUUAUCUUGACAACUCUAUUCUCUGGUCUCAAAGCAGCGAUGUAGGCAAAGGGUACUCAACCAUCAGGCUUGUUACGAACAUCACACUUAAUCUGGAUGCCGAUCACGGUGACCGAAAGCAUGGCGGUAUCAAAGAUGGCCAUCGACUACUCCUUCACACGUGGACCAAGGGCGAGAAUCAGAAGUGGAAGAUGGAGCCCGUCGAAGUCGAACCUGAACCCUCUCCUUAUGAUUCCUGAGCUUUGAACGUAUCGAGCUGGUUCACCGCCAUCAGCUUUAUCAAAUCAUGGCACGAACAUCCGAAGGUAGGUUUCCGAAGCAUCAUCCCUUUCAUGCCGGCCUCUCCAUUUGGCGCGAAGGAAGGAAUCUGCGGUAUUUCCAUUCCUGCCUAGCAAAGCGAUUCCGGCACGGGAAGCCAACAUAUCGCCAUGAAGUUGUUGCCAUUCCGAAUCUUUUCUUCUCAUGACAUGUACAGCAGCAUAUUACAAGCCAACUUCCAAGCGUUUCACAGUGUUCACCUGCAGCCCACUCUUGAUAUCUUUAUUGUACGAUAUAUCUACCGGAUGUCCAUUCUGCUGUGAAGAGUGCAUAUCAUCGUACGCUCUUCCCAGUGAGAUUAACAUCUCUUCGGAGGUCAUGUUACGUUUCCCU